AUGUGUACGUACGCUCGCUUCAUUGUCCACUUUUGUGAGCUAUCUUUCUAUUCAACGUUCUAUCUAUCUAUAUAUCUAUUUAUCUAUCUCAUUCUCUUGCCUAUCUAUCUAUCUAUCUAUCUAUCUCAUCCUGUUACCGGUCUGUCUCAUUCUGUUGUCUAUCUAUCUAUCUAUCUAUCUAUCUAUCUAUCUAUCUAUCUCAUUUUGUUACCUAUCUAUCUAUCUUAUUCGGUUAUCUAUCUAUCUAUCUAUCUAUCUCAGUCGAUCUGUCUAUCUAUCUCAUUCUGUUACCUGUCUAUCUCAUUCUGUUAUCUAUCUAUCUAUCUAUCUCAUUUUGUUACCUAUCUAUCUAUCUAUCUAUCUAUCUAUCUAUCUUAUUCGGCUAUCUAUCUAUCUAUCUCAGGCUGUUCAUUUUCUAUUUCAGUCUGUUCAUAUCUAUCUAUCUAUCUAUCUAUCUCAGUCGGUUUAACUAUCUUUCUAUUCAACGUUCUAUCUAUCUAUAUAUCUAUCUAUCUAUCUCAUUCCCUUGCCUAUCUAUCUAUCUAUCUAUCUAUCUAUCUAUCUAUCUAUCUAUCUCAUUCUGUUACCUGUCUAUCUCAUUCUGUUAUCUAUCUAUCUAUCUCAUUUUGUUACCUAUCUAUCUAUCUAUCUAUCUAUCUAUCUAUCUAUCUAUCUAUCUCAGUCUGUUCAUAUCUAUCUAUGUAUCUAUCUAUCUCUGGCUGUUCAUUUUCUAUUCCAGUCUGUUCAUAUCUAUCUAUCUAUCUAUCUAUCUAUCUCAGUCUGUUCAUAUAUAUCUAUCUAUCUAUCUCUGGCUAUUCAUUAUCUAUUUCAGUCUGUUCAUAUCUAUCUAUCUAUCUAUCUAUCUGUCUGUCUGUCUGUCUAUCUCAUUCUGUUAUCUAUCUAUCUAUCUAUCUAUCUAUCUAUCUAUGCCAGCACGUCAGCGUAAAUGACUAUCUAUCUAUCUAUCUAUCUAUCUAUCUAUCUAUCUAUCUAUCUACAUACCUAUCUAUCUAUCUAUCUAUCUAUCUAUGCAUUUAUCUAUUUAUCUGA